UCGCGCGGGUGUACGGUCGCCGUCAUCGUGUUCGCCGACCACAAAACAUCGAGGACGUAACAAAAACACACAAGUGAAAUUGCAAGUUGUGUGUGUGUGUGUGUGUGUUUUGUGUGUGUUUGUGUUUUUCGUCUUCUUUUGUGUGUGCUGUUCGAAAAAAAAAAAAAAAGAAACGGAUUACGAAUCGCCUCCCCACGGUUUCACUUCUUUCGUUCCAUUUCGGCCAGAACACUUUUGGACCUAGCGAAAGUGAUGGUGUUCUACUCGUGUCGCCGUCGUUGGUCGUCCAUUUUCUCUCUUUCAGAACUCUCUUUCGAGACCCUAAAGCUCAAGUGAAAUUGCCGACCAGGUUACGUUAGGCUUCGGAUCACUCUCUUAUCGAAUUUUUUUUUUUUUUUUUCGUUCCUGGUGUGUGCUGUGUGUGUGUGUGAGUGUGUGUGUACGUGUGUAUUUUGCUGGCAGCCCACAGGAAGCCAUAAGCCUCCCUUUUUUGCUCCUCCUCCUCCUUUUUUUCCAGUUUCUUUUCGUGUAUUUUUCCUCUCCCUUCCUUACACGUUUCAAACACACACACAAAAAAAAAAACCCAAAUAAAAUAACAAAAAAAAAAAAGAAGAAAACAAAAGUUGCAACAAGACAUUGGAAAGCAGCAGAUGACAGAGAAUGGCCGCCUCGCGCAGACCGUGCUGCAGCGGCGGCGGCCGAUUCGUCGUGCCGGGCAGUCUGUCAGCGAGCGACAAUGGUGGUGGUGUUAGUGGCAGCAGCAGCGGCAGCAAUAGUGUCGUCAGUGGUAGUGGUGGUGGUGCUAAAAUGAUGAUGGGUCUAUUGGGUUUAUCGGGCUCGGGCUCUGGAGGUUUCAGUGGAAGUGGCUCGGGCAUGAACAGCAGCGGGAGUAGCUCGGGCACGGGACGAACGCCCGACACGCUCCUGGACAUCUGCGCCCGUAUUGUGGCUCAACAGAUUCCCUUCCAGCGGAUCGAAGAGCGAUACGACCGCAUUCCGGAGCCGGUGCAACGUCGCGUCAUCUUCUGGUCGUUUCCGCGCAACGAACGCGACAUUUGCAUGUAUUCCUCUCUCUCAAGACCGUCGACAAACUCGUUGGAAUACCAAAAUCUACCAUUUCAUCGAGGGUUGAAGCUCUUUGAGUCGGGCUGUGUCGACUCGGUACUACAAGUCGGUUUCCACUUGAGCGGGACGGUGACGGCGCCUAAAUCGUCGAGCGGCAGUCCGCUACCUCCUUCUUCAUCAUCUGGUGCCGUCGGCGGCGGUGGCGCUGCUGGAGGAGGCGUUGUUGCGGGUGGAACGGCAGUAGCAGGACCGCCGGUGGAAACGGAGAAGAAAUACCGCGUCUCCGUCAGCUUCGACCGGUGUAAGAUCACGUCAGUGACGUGCAGCUGCGAAGCCAGAGACAUCUUUUGGUGUCAACAUGUUGUCGCUCUGGCCUUGUUCAGAAUACGCAAUGCCGACACCGUCAGAUUACGAGUGCCCAUUUCAGAAACGUUACUACAAAUGGAUCGGCAGCAAUUGCAAAAGUUUGUGCAAUACCUGAUCUCGGAGCAUCACACGGAAGUGCUGCCCACGGCUCAAAAGUUGGCAGAUGAAAUUCUACAGCAGCGUUCGGAGAUCAAUCGCAUUCCAGGUGCACCGGAUCCAACGGCUGGAGCCAGUGCCGACGACGAACACAGUUGGCACCUGGACGAGGAGCAAGUCUGUGAACAGGUGCGAUCGUUCCUCUCUCAAGGCGGCUACUACAACGUCAACAAGCAGCUGGUGUCCAUGUUCGCCAAGGUGCGGGAAAUGCUGAGGGCCAGGGACUCUAACGGCUCGCGAAUGCUCACGCUCAUCACCGACCAGUUUCUGGCCGAUCCGAGGCUCUUCCAGUGGAAGACGCAAGGCACUCCGAUGACCGACAAGUGCCGCCAACUUUGGGAUCAACUCGGAGCCCUUUGGGUCUGCGUCGUCCUCAAUCCUCAUUGCAACCCAAGCGACAAGCUGCACUGGCGCCAAAUGCUUGAACGCUGGUCCCAAGUGGACGUCUGCCCUCCAGAGGACCCCGAUUUUAGGCCGCAAACGUCAUCAGGUCAAGAGAGCAACCGACUGCGGCCUAGAAGGUCGGUUCAAGGGGACGAUUCCACUAGUUCCGAGAGCUCCGAUGACGACGACGAAGCAUCUCGACGCGGGCGAGAGGCCAGCUUAGAUCACAGUAUUAGCAACGCCAACCGGAACGCAUCCACGGCCAACAACAAUAACGUUAACAAUUACGUGCCGAUCACGAGGAAUGCGAGAGGAGGAGCCGUCACUGUGCGACGUCGUAGUGUCUUUCACAGAGCCAUCGACGCCAUCAGUUUGACGUGGGACAACAUCCAUCUGAAGUUAAUAUUAGCCCACGAUAACCUAUCGUCCAGCAAUGAGCCGCACAGCACAAACAACAUCAACCCGCAGGGACAGCCUCUUUGGCAUGAACACGUCCCGACAGCUUGUGCCCGGGUGGAUGCCCUCCGGUCUCACGGUUAUACGGUCGAAGCCCUUCGGUUGGCCGUCUCAAUCAUCCGGACGCUGAAGCAAGACCAGCUGCAGAGCCAGCAGCGAUGGGAUGAGCAACAGAGCCGAUCGUCGGUCAAGUGUACCGGAUCGUCUGUCGCUAGGAACCCAGCCUUGGUGCCUUCAGCCGCUGAGGGCUGGAUUGGACAUCCGCUCGACCCCAUCGGCUGCCUCUUCGACACGCUGGCCGAAGCCUCUCUCGUGCCCGACGAUCAGAACCGAGGUGGCAUCAGCAAUCAGUACUACUUCGAUCCGAUCGGGCUCGGCGCCGAUGGCGAACAGAACGCGACGGCCACUCCGCCGCGUUACCAGCACGUCGGCGUGUCCGGAUCGAGGGAUCGCAACGAGUCGUAUCUGACGCUGGCCACGGAAGCGGCCUUAAUAGGACUGGGCCAGCAACGAGUCAUGCCGGCCGGCCUCUAUUCACAGGAGAAGGCGUGCAAGCAGGAGGAGCGGCUCCUGCAGAAGCUGCAGGAGAUGGAGCUGGACACGGUCCUCGUGUCCGUCUUGAGGAAACAGUCGAUGAUGCUCCUCGAGUCGGGCCCGACAUCCGGCCUGGGAUCGGGUAUCCACCCGGAGAGCAUCCCCAUGCACACGUACGCCAAGUUCCUCUUCCUGGCCCUCCUGCCGCACGACACGGAUUUGGCGUACAAAGUUGGACUGCGGGCGAUGAGGCUGCCGAUUUUGGAAGACCACGAGGACGUUGACGAUCCGGUCAACGGCAACGUGAGCUCGCUGGUGUUGAGCCGCUACCCGCGCUGGUUCACUCUUGGCCACAUCGAAGCCCAGCAGUGCUCUCUAGCGUCGACAAUGUUGAGCGCCGCCAAAGGGGACAUUAACCGGCUGCGGACGGUGCUCGAGUCGGCGCAGCGCAACAUUCACAGCUCGUCACACUUGUUCAAGCUGGCGCAGGACGCCUUCCGCUUCGCUACACCACAAGACGGGCCGAGGCAUCCGACUCUGCUCAACGUGGCCUUCGAACUCGGCCUGCAAGUCAUGAGGAUGACGCUCUCGUCCGUCAACUGGCGCCGCCGCGAGAUGGUACGCUGGCUCGUCACGUGCGCCACAGAAGUCGGAUUCGAAGCCUUGCUCUCCAUCAUGCACAACUGGUAUCAGCUGUUCACGCCCACAGAAGCAACCGGACCGGUCGCCAGCACCAUCAUGUCGCACAGCACGGUCAUGAGGCUCAACUUGAGUUACGUCCAACAGGAGGAGCUCUCCAACUGUGCCCGGACGUUGGCCCUACAGUGCGCCACAAAGGAUCCACCCAACUGUGCGCUCAACGCCCUCAACCUGUGCGAGAGCGCGCCCAUCAGCUUCGAAACGGCCUAUCAGAUUGUCAUCGAUGCCGCCUCGCACAUCAUGACGUCCAUGCAGCUCUUUACCAUCGCUCGAUACAUGGAACAUCGCGGAUAUCCUCACCGGGCGUAUAAACUGGCGUUGCUGGCCAUGAAAAACGUCCAUCUGGCCUACAAUCAAGACACUCACGCGGCCAUCAACGACAUCCAUUGGGCGUGCGCGCUGAGUCAUUCGCUGGGCAAAUCGGAGCUCAGUACCAUGAUUCCCCUCUUGGUCAAGAACGUUCAGUGCGCCACCGUAUUGUCUGACGUCCUACGACGGUGCGCCGUCUCGGCGCCCGGCGUUGCCUCCGCCUGUCCGCCCGAAGCCAAACGCCGUUGCGUCAAGCCCCUCCCAUACGAUAAGGCGCCGUUGAAACCGCUACUGGACGCUGCUAUCGCGGCUUACGUCAAUACGACGCACUCUCGUUUGACGCACAUCAGUCCUCGCCACUACGGCGACUUUAUCGACUUUCUGGCUAAAGCUCGCGAGACUUUCCUUUUGGCCCACGACGGCCUCAUGCAAUUCGGCCAGUUGAUCGAAAAUAUGAAAGUGGCCUACAAGGGCAAGAAAAAGCUCAUGUUCCUCGUCAAAGAGAGGUUCGGAUAAAAAUCGCCAGUCGGCGCGCCUCCAAACCCUUUUUUCUUUUCUUUUUU